UGUGUGCAUAAGAUGUUGCCUAGAUCUGUUUAUACAUUCCACAUCUACGUGUGUUCUUAUUAUAAAACUUCAUUACUUCAUUUAAUAGUUGUGUUAAAAUAGUUAAUUUUAAUAUACGCUAUCAUUGAAAAAGUUUUCUUUUGAAUAUUUGUUUUUUUAACGCUUCGUAAUAGUUGCAACUGGGAGAAUUUGUCAAAAAUGCACGGAAGAUUGAAAGUGCGUACAAGUGAGGAGCAACAGCUUAUCAAAGAAAAGCAACAAAAGCAGAAAUUAUUAGCCUAUAGGCAUGGAAUGUUACUCAUUCAAUCCAAAAGGCAUGAAAAGCCUUAUGACAAAGAGAGUUUUGCCAUCUGUGCUGGAAUUCUGGAGAAAAAUCCUGAUGUUUAUACAUUGUGGAACUAUAGAAAAGAAGUAAUGCUAACACUGAUUGAUGAUUUGUAAGCAGAGGGUUUGAUUAAAUUAAUGCAGCAAGAACUUGAUUUGACCGAGAGGUGUUUACUCGCCAAUCCGAAAUCAUAUGGUGCGUGGCAUCAUCGUUUCUGGAUUUUACAGCAUCAUCCCAAAGCAGAUUGGCAACAAGAGCUGAAGCUGGUGGAGAAGUAUUUAAAGUACGAUGAACGAAACUUUCACUCUUGGGAUUAUCGAAGAUUACUCCAAAAACUCGGAUACAAAAUUGACGCCGAACUGGAAUUCUCUACUGAUAAGAUAAACGCGAAUUUCUCGAAUUAUUCUUCAUGGCAUUAUCGAAGCACGCUGAAAGAAUUAAACGCCGAGACAUUAGAGGAUGAAUUACGCUUGGUGCAGAACGCUGUUUUUACGGAUCCGUACGAUAGCAGCACGUGGUUUUACCUGCGUUGGGUUUUAAGUAACCGGGCGGUUUCCGAGAAACAUCGCGAAGCUUUGCUAAGCGAUUUCGAGCAAUUGCUGGAAUUGGAGCCUAAUUGCAAGUGGGUUUACAUGGCGAAGUGUUGGAUCGCAGGUAGUCUCUCAUUGUCUAACAAAGAUGCAAUAAAGAAAAACUUAGACGUUUACCGUAAACUGAUGGAAUUAGAUCCGAUGCGGAAAGGUAUGUAUGCGGAUUAUAUUAAAAUAGGCGAGGAAGGUGAUCAAGAAUAGAAUUUAUGGCAGUUUUGUUAUAACAAGUUUUUGCCUAACGAUUAUUUUUGCUGUCUUCUAGUUUUUAUCAAGUGAUUUAUGUAUUGGGUAAUAAUUUU